AUCACUAGAUUCCUCUUUUGCAAAGAAUUGGUGUUCUCGAGUAAUAAUUCAAAUAUGAAUAGCACUAAUAAUCACAAUGCUUCCGCCGCCGCUAGUGCAAGAGAGCUGGGUUUAUCAGCAGCAUAUCCGCUGAAUAUAGUUAAAGAUGAACCUACGUCUGUCUCUCAGAUUGCUGCUGUUGGGUUACCAUCACCACAUCAGUUUUCAUCAGCUGGGGUAUCAGUUGAAAAGCCCCAUAAGAAUUCUUCUGGAACACCAGCUUCUACAGUUUCUGAUCCUUCAAUGAAGGACUAUUCACACAAGAUGAAUAAUUUUGCACCCAAACCAGGUCAAAGUUCCCAUCAACAAGCCUCCUUCAGGAGGGGAAUACGACCCCAACUUCCUGGAGAUUGGCACGAUUCUUACCAUCAAAAUCAUAUGGGCAGGCGUGAACAUGAUCACCUUGACUGCAAUCCUCAUACCAGCUUUAGUGGUAGAGAUGCUCAGCAGCAUCAGCUUAUGCAUCCGACAAUGAUCAACCCAAGAACAGCUAUAUUUUUUCCUGGUACAGACCAUGAUAUGCACUUCACAAUAGCAAAACAGAUAGAGUAUUACUUCAGCCCGCGAAGUCUAUGGAAAAAUUAUUCCUUGCGGGAACACAUGGAUGAACAAGGCUGGGUUUCUGUUUCUGUAAUAGCACGCCUCCCCCAAGUUGAGCAAUUAAUGAAAGGAAUUUCAGCCAAGGACAAGGAUCAAUAUAUAUUGGAUACAGUGAGACGAUCUAGAGACGUAGAGACCAAGGAUAAUAUGAUAAGGAAGUGUGGAGACUGGAUGAUGUGGAUCUUGCCUCAGUCUAAAGAUGGGAACUCCACAAAACCAGAGAUGAAGCAAUCAUAUUUAAAGUACCAACGAGGGGAGGGGACAAGUGAAGCUCAACGUGAUUCGAUUUCUUCUUUUUGAUUCUCAAGAUGGCAGCAAGAUCAAGAGC